AAACCGGUAACCGUCGUCGUCUCCGUCAUAUGCUUUUCAUUCUGUUCUGCAGCUGCUUGGAUAACUCGAAGGUUUAGGGUUCUCUCCAGAGAUGGCUUCUUCAGAAACGGAGAGAAGCACCAGAGGUUCUCAAAAUCCAGACUGGGAAACCGACUUUAACCGCUUCGAACAGGCGAUUUCGUCUUCUUCGGCUCCGAUUCGUGUAAGAUACGUCAUGAAGCUAUCAGAAUCAGCGAAUCGAAUCCCGGAGAGUAUUCUCUCCCGCGCCAUCCCAAUCCUCGCCCGUCUCCUCGGCGUCUCCGGUGAUCCCAGCCGUUCAGUCCAAUCCGCCGCCGCGCAUUGCUUGAAACGCAUCGCAUGUAUCGGCGGCGAAGAGAGCGGGUUCGCGGUGAAGAUGGGGAGGUGCGGCGUGAUCGCUUGCUUGCUAGGUCUCCUAUUCGAAGCGAAUGGUAACGAUAUCGCGUUACGAAGGAUUUGGGUGAAGUGUUUGUGGAGUUUAGUUACUUUCGGAUCUUCGAUUCGAAUCGGAUUAGCCAGGUUAGGUGGUUUAGGAUUGUUGUGGGCUCUUUCGGGUUAUAGGCAUUCUGUAUCUGUUAUUAGAGACUCUGGUGCGAUUCCUUUGCUGGUCGAGAUUUUGAAAGAUGGGUCUGUUGAGUUCAGGGAGAGGGUUUGUGGAGCUAUUUCUCAGCUCAGUUACAACGAAGACGACCGUGAGGCUUUUUCUGAUUCCGGUAUGAUACCGAUUCUGAUUGAUUGGUUGGGAGAUGAGUCGGAAGAGCUUAGGGAUAAUGCAGCCGAGGCACUUGUUAAUUUCUCCGAAGACCAACAGUAUUAUGGUAGAUUGCGUGUGGCUAUGGGGCAUCCUGUGUUUCGGAAUAUGCAGAGUAAACUUGCUAGAAUCCGAGCUUCUCAUGAGCUGAUGGUGAUUAGGUCAAUGACAAGGGUUACAAUUGAACCUCUUGCUCGGGAUCAAGAUCUUCUUUGAUCUUGAUGGGAAAAUCCAGCUCUCCAACUUCUCUGAUGUAUGUUUAUAUAAUCUUGACUCAAGUGCUGUUUGAUUUGUGCAAUUUUUUUUUGAGACGUUUGUAUGUAUACAUGUACCAAAAGAUAUGGACUUUGAAUAGAUGUGGAUUUUAUGUCA